AUGAAGAAAUCUUUCAAUACAAGGACCAAAAAUUCCAACUCUAAAAACUCAAGAAAUCCUUUACAAUCGUAUAUGCCUACAAAUGAAAUGGUAAACAGAAAAUCAAAGCUUUUCCCCUGUUCUGAAUGUGAGAAAUGUUUAAAGAACCACUCAAGUCUUGUUGUGCACAAGAGAACUCACACAGGAGAGAAACCGUUCUCAUGUACGGAAUGUGGAAAAUGUUUUAUCCGUAAAUCACAUCUUGUUGUGCACAAGAGAACUCACACAGGAUAA